AUGGGGCCGCGCCCCGCCGCCCCCGGCGCUGCCCUGGCGCUACUGGGGAUCGCCGCCGCCGCCGCCGCCGCCAGGUCCCUGCCGCUGCCCGACGCGGGCCCGCACGUCAACUACGGCUGGGGGGAACCCAUCCGGCUGCGGCACCUCUACACCGCCAGCAAACACGGGCUCUUCAGCUGCUUCUUGCGCAUCGGUGGCGACGGCCGGGUGGACGCUGUCGGUAGCCAGAGCCCGCAGAGUCUGUUGGAGAUCCGCGCCGUGGCGGUGCGCACCGUGGCCAUCAAGGGCGUGAGGAGCUCCCGCUACCUCUGCAUGGACGAGGCGGGGCGGCUACACGGGCAGCUCAGUUAUUCCACUGAGGACUGUUCCUUUGAAGAGGAGAUUCGUCCAGAUGGCUAUAACGUGUAUAAAUCAAAGAAAUACGGAAUAUCGGUGUCUUUGAGCAGUGCCAAACAAAGACAACAAUUCAAAGGAAAAGAUUUUCUCCCACUGUCUCACUUCUUACCUAUGAUCAACACUGUGCCAGUGGAGGUGACAGACUUUGGUGAAUACGGUGAUUACAGCCAGGCUUUUGAGCCAGAGGUCUACUCGUCGCCUCUCGAAACGGACAGCAUGGAUCCCUUUGGGAUCACUUCCAAACUGUCUCCAGUGAAGAGCCCCAGUUUUCAGAAAUGACUCUGACUGCACACUCGGUUUUAAAGAAAUACCACAGAAUGUUGCAGGUUUUUAGCUUCUUGUGUAGUGAUGUCUCAAACCUUUUUUUCAUGUCUCAGUAUGGAGACAGCCUUUCCCGUACAAUGUGUUUUACCUAUAAGAGCUGAGUGCCCAGAUGCCAUGUUCAAAAGAAUUGCCUCUCCAUAGUAUACUUGGAAAAGAAAAAUUAAAUAAGAGCAGCUUAACAAAUUCAUCAGAGUUCCUCCAUUACUGUGGUGAUGAUAAAAUACAUAGUUUUCAUACAUCAAAUUCAUUACCACAUAUGUUCACCUGUUGUUUCAGCUCAUAUAUAUAUACAGGAAAUCUUGCCAUUCACAGGGAAGUUCACAGCCUUGUAGACAAACAUUUGGAACAAAACACAGUUAAGGAAGACUGAGCAAGUGUGGUUAUGUGAACUAAAGUUAGUGCUGUUUCUUGAAAAGCUGCUGACAACCUUCUGGGAAAGCUUUCUGUUGAAAGUAUACCACUGAAAAACAAUUCUGCUUAUAUAUUGUGCUUUUUCUUCCCUUAGGAAAGAAGGGAAGAAAGGAAAACAUUUCUUCCUUCCCCUAUUGCUAAAGGAUACCUUGAAAAACUGGAUUUUUGGUGUAUUUUAUAGGUUAAUUUAUGUUCACUGGGGGAUCUGCAUCAUCCAGCAUAAAGACUUGUCUUUUAACAUUAAUGGAAAUUCAGCACAUGGGUAUGAGUGUAUACAGAACUAGUAUUUGUGUUCAUCUGGUAGGAAUGAGCAUUUCAAAUUAGUAUCCAGAUAUAGGUUCUGCUGUGUAUACUCAUGUAUGUUAGCAAAUAGAGAGAAAGUCUGAAAAUGGAUGAUGUGUAGGUCACAUCAGUUGCAAAGAACAUUUCUGUGAUUCGCCUGUAAGCAUCAGCAAUUCUUUUAAGUCCAUCCAGGCUUGAUUCUGCAUCAGUUGAAACUGUGGAGAUACAAUUUAGUGACUUAAACACUGCAGAACUGAGAUGGCCAUGCUGUGCUUCUUGCAGAAAGGGAUCGUGUGAAUCUCAUGGCCAGAAAGCAUAUAUCUGAUGUCUUCAGUUCUGUUCUCCCCUUGUGACAAUUUAACAAAGGAAUAACCAUAGAGAAACCAAAAGAAGACACAUGUCAGGGUUCAGAGAUUCCACUCAUUUCCAAAGGCUCACUCAUAAUAGAGAUUUCUAUACAAAAAGCUCUACUGGAAACACUGGUGUUCUUCUGACCUAGCACUUCAUUGCCAAUGCAAUAUUUAUAAUUAAUUUAUUAAAUACAUACCUCUGUUUAUUUUGUUACUGUUAUUUAUGCUCAAAAUUCUAUUUAUAUACUC